AUGGGUGAAAGGAUUUUCACCAGAUUAUCACAAUUGGAUUUAUCAUGGAGGGCAUUGAAUUUUCAAGGUAUUGAAAUGGGUUUUGAGGAAGAUGAUGAAGUUGUUGAACAUGAUAGGGAAGCAGAUGAUAAUGAUGAUAUGAUGGUAGCAUUGCAAGAUGCUGCAGGUUACAUGGAUAUUGAUGUAGAUGCAUAUGAAGGUCACAUUAGAGAUCAAGAUCAUAGAAAUAAAGAAUUUUCAGGAUUAUUUGCUGAAGUUGAAAGCGAGUUAUAUCCAGGGUGUACAAAGUUCUCUGCAUUGACUUUUUUGGUCAGGUUAAUGCAUAUAAAAGCUUUAAACCAUUGGAGUAACAAGUCAUUUAGUAUGUUGCUUGAACUUCUCAAGGAAGCACUUCCAGAGGGUACUAAAUUGCCAAAGUCUUACUACAAGGCAAAAUGUACACUUCAUGCAAUUGGAUUAGGAUAUGAAACGAUUCACGCUUGUAAAUGGGAUUGUGCAUUGUUUUGGAAAGAAUCAGCUGAAUUGGAUAAAUGUCCAAUAUGUGCUGAACCGAGAUACAAAUUUCAAGGUACUGAGGGGAAAAGGAUCCCUCAAAAGGUGCUUCGAUAUUUUCCUAUCACUCCAAGAUUGCAAAGAUUAUUCACAUCUCGCCAUACUGCUAUUGAUAUGAGAUGGCACAAAGAGAAGUGUCCUAACACAAAUGGAGUAUUGAGGCACCCAGCAGAUGGAGAAGCAUGGAAGCACUUUGAUGAACAAUAUCCGAUAUUUGCUAUGGAUCCUCGUAAUGUCCGGCUAGGUACUGCCACUGAUGGAUUGAAUCCUUUUAGUAACCUGAGCCCAACGGCACCUGAAAAAGACAUUGAUGUCUACUUACGGCCUAUGAUUGAUGAAUUGAAAGAUCUAUGGACAAAUGGUGUCACCACUUAUGACAUCUCUAAAAAGGAGAGGUUUACAAUGCAUGCAGCAGUGUUGUGGACAAUACAUGACUUUCCAGCAUAUGGAACACUUUCUGGAUGGAAUACCAAAGGAUACAAAGCAUGUCCUACUUGUAAUGAAGAUACUUCUUCCCAAGCUUUAAGAAGUAAGAUUUGUUACAUGGGACAUCAUCGAUAUUUAUCCAUAAAUCAUGCAUGGAGAAAUAAUCGACAAUAUGAUGGAAAGCCUAAACGAAGAUUAGCUCCAAGGUCGUUUUCAGGAGCUGAAAUAUUACAACAGUUAGAUAGGACAAUUGAGAGCAGACUGGGGAAACAUCCUAAGAAUAAUUUGGAUGUGAUGCAUAUUGAGAAAAACAUUUGUGAUAAUAUAGUUGGAACAAUGUUGGACAUCAAAGGUAAGUCGAAGGAUACUGACAAGGCACGUAUGGAUUUAAAGGAUCUGAAAAUUCGAAAAGAAUUGCAUGUACAAGAAAUUGGCGAUGGCUAUGCUAUUAAUAUUUCAAAGAAUAUGAACAUUAAGGAUGGUAAGAUAUCAGGUUUGAAAACUCAUGAUACUCAUGUUCUUUUGCAACAACUUUUUUCUGUGGGUAUAAGACCUUACAUUAAGAAAGAGAUAAAAUAUUUCAGUAGAUGUAAAUAUCCAAUGGUAACUGAUGAGUUGUACUCACUAGCAUGUGGUCCUGAUUAUGGAAUAAGAUCAUAUAGUGAAUGUGUAGUAAAUGGAGUUCGAUAUCGCACAAAAGUUCAUGAUGAUAGGCGUGUCACUCAAAAUUGUGGAAUUUGGGUUGUAAGUGAUCAUGAUGGUGAAUCUUGUGACUUUUAUGGGGUAAUAGAAGACAUUCUUGAUAGUGAGGCAGAGAGUGGAGAUUUUGAAGAUGCAGAUAGUGGUGCAGAAAGUGGUGCAGAGAGUGAAGAUUAUAAAGAUGCAGAUAGUGGCACAGAGAAUGAAGAUAAUGGGGAGUACAAUGAGGAAACUGACAAUGAUAGUGAAGAUGAGUUGUUAAGUAAUGGUGAAACCGGUGAGGAUACUGACUCAUUUGCAUAA